AUGCACCGGGCGCGGGGCCGGGGAGGCGGAGCGGCGACAGCACUGCGCUCCGGCCGCCGGCGCCGGUGUCCGCCUCCCGCCGAUCCCGGGCCCGCGCUGCCUGAGGAGGUCGCAGCAGGCGAGCGCGAGGGGGGCGCGAGCCGGGCCGGCGCCGAUCGCCCGCGGUCUCCGCCGCGCGAGCCUUGUUUACGCCGCGGCCGGAAGCGCCUGAGCCGGCGGCGACGCCGCCGCCGGCUCCGGAAGUGCUCAGCGCCCCCAGCGCCAGUCCUCCCGCCGCCGCCGCCUCGGCAGACAGGGCCCGGCGAGCUCGCGCCCGGCUCCGCCUCUGCCUCCGCGGCGGCUGCGCGCCAACCGGGCUGCUCCGGGCCGGGACCCCGCUUUCCGCCCGACGGCGUCCCACGACCCCCGAGCCGCCCCAGCGCGGAACCCCGAAUCGGCCUGCAGCCGCCACUAGGCGGGACGCUGAGGAGAAGGCGCGGGAGAGGCCGGAGCGCGCACACGCAGCGUCCUCGGCGGGGCCCGAAGGCAGCCUACCUCGCCAGCAGCUCGGGCCGGGCUCGCAGCGCCCCAGUCCGGAGGGGCGGCGCCGUGGGGGCUCGCUGCCCAGCGCUCACCGGCCGGCAGCGGGCAGAGCCGACCUUCCCAGCCCGGACCCUGGCUGCUGCCCGAGUUCGCCCGAGCUGA